AUGUCGACAACAGUCUGCCAAGUGAUGGGCUUUGUUGUCUCAUCGUUGGGUUUUGCGGGGUGCAUCGCAGCCACUGGGAUGGAUAUGUGGAGCACACAGGACUUGUAUGACAACCCAGUCACGGCAGUGUUCCAGUAUCAGGGACUCUGGAGGAGCUGUAUGAGGCAAAGCUCAGGUUUUACAGAGUGCCGACCUUAUUUCACCAUUCUGGGGCUACCAGCCAUGUUUCAGGCAGUGAGGGCCCUCAUGAUUGUGGGCAUUGUCCUGGGUGCCCUUGGCCUCCUGGUGUCCAUUUUUGCCCUCAAGUGCAUACGCAUUGGGAAUAUGGAGGACUCUGCAAAAGCCAACAUGACCCUGACCUCCGGCGUCAUGUUUAUUGUGGCUGGUCUGUGUGCAGUCGUUGGAGUGUCUGUGUUUGCCAAUAUGCUGGUGACAAACUUUUGGAUGUCCACAGCUUCCAUGUACCAAGGAAUGAUGCCAUCGCUCCAGUCAAGGUACACCUUUGGCUCAGCCUUGUUUGUUGGCUGGGUAGCUGGGGGCCUGGCUUUUGUUGGAGGCAUUAUGAUGUGCAUUGCCUGCAGAGGACUCAUGCCCAAAGAGACCCAUUACAAAACGGUGUCCUACAAUGCCUCCGGACGGAAUAUUUCCUACAAGACUGGGCCAUAUAAAGUUGGCUCUGGCUAUGAACCUGAACCGAAAAAUAAGAAAACUUCAACCUAUGAUGAAAAUGCUCGAAGCGAAGAUGGAAGGCGUUCUUACCCUUCAAAAUAUGACUAUGUCUAG